AUGGGUGCUGGUGCCCCUGCUCCCUCUCAUGCCUCUUCCUCUGCUGAGGAAAUACCUGAUACCCCGAUUGCCACGGCCCGUGUUCCCAUUAGACCCCAGGGUGUUCCUGUACUGCCUGGGGAUCCUCAGCAGCCACCUGUCCUAGGGAGUAGUAGCAUUGAUCCUCCUUAUGAGGAUGCUUGUGAUAAUUUGGGGCCCCAAUCUGAUGAUCUGCCACCUUUAGAUGCCUCAGCUAGUUCCCCUUUGCUUUUUGUUGAUAAUAUGCGGCAAGUCAGUCAGCCACCGCGUGACCGAGUACUUAGUAGGUCAGAGGGCCGUUCCCGUCCAAGACGGUCGCGGUCGUCCUCACGGGGAUCUGGCCGCUCCGGUUGGAGCAGAUCUGUUGGGUCCUGUAGACAUCACCGCAGGUGUUCCCGCCGGGAGUCUAGGAGUAGGGUACGCUCCCGUAGGUCCCGCUCGUCCCGGUGGCGGUCUCCUUCAUCAUCUGGUCGCAGCUCGUAUCGCUCAGGGAGUCGGGAGCGUCGCUCUCGCAGGCGCGAGGGGCGGAGACGUCAUUCAAGGUCCCCGAGACGGGCUUCCCGCGGUGGCAGUCGGCCCCGUGCGGUGUCUGAUCCGGCUCCUGUGCCGGUUGCUGAUCCAGCUCCUGUUCCUGCAACGGAUCCGGUCCCACCUCCUGUUGUUCCUGCGCCGACCGUUUCAGGAUUUUCGGAGGAUGUGUCCGGAUGCUGCGUUGGAAGGGCUCCCUUGCCCCCCAUUGGUCUGGGCCCUGCCGAGCAACGUCUGAUCCCACUGGUGGAAUCGUCGCUGGCGGCAUCUACAUGGGCGGGACAUGAUGUGCAGAGGACGAUGGUUUAUUUCCUGGGCCACUCUUAUUUCCACCGGGCCGCGCAGAGAGCUGAUUGCCGGCCGGGUGGGAGAUCGUUGGGAUGCGGCAAUGUUGAGCCUCACUGGAGGGGGAUCCCAGGUAUGCGUUGGACACGGGUCCUUACUGAAGUGGUGGACAUUGCUAGAACCGUCCGUUCCGGUGUAAUUUUGGUGGUACACGCGGGCGGGAAUGAUCUCUGUUAUUCCCGGGUUCCUGAUUUGAUUACUUUGAUGAAAGCCGAUGUUGAACGGUUUUCUGGCUUUUUUCCCGAUUUAGUUUUAGUAUGGUCCGAGAUAGUGCCUAGAGUAUCCUGGCAGGGUGCUCGCAAUGCCGAGGCCAUCGAGCGUUCACGGCGUUUGGUGAAUUCUCGUAUGGCCCGGUUUGUGCGACGAAAGGGUGGAGUGGUGGUCCGUCAUCGGGAGCUUGAAGGUGAUAACAGACGGUUUAUGAUCUCUGAUGGGGUUCACUUGAAUGAUAUAGGCUUGGACAUCUUCUUGUCGGGCUUACAAGAUGGUUUGGAGCAGGCCUUGUUUUUGCUUGGUGGGGGUCGGAGCACCGUGUAG